AUGAGUAGAACAAGUAAGACCCUCCUUAUACUCGGCAUAGUAUUGGUAUUGUUGAACAGCCAAUUAUGCUUCUUGAUUAGUGCUUUGUCCGUGUCCUCCUCGGAUGAAACUUUGUUCCAUGCUCAACAACUCGCUCGGAGCCUUAUUCAAAGACAAAACAUUCGGGAAUUUGCACUUCAGUAUGGAUUGAAAAUUCCUGAACAAAUUAAGAAUGGUGGAGCAAGAGAGGAUAUUAGGUUUGAUGAACACUCCUUUGAUUGGGAUUUGAAUGAGAGAAUCAACGUUACGAAUCAUUUCGACGCUCUUUCUCUGAAUUGCAGAAAGAUUGUUGUUGAAUGUUUGUACGCCCAAAAAGCCAUCAAAACUCACUUUGGAGAAACUCCGACCGUGCAAAGCUUUAUUCAUCAAAAGCUCGAUACUUGUUCAUCAGAUGCUAAAAAUGUUUUCAAUGAUUUGUAUUCGAGCCACUCAAAGCACAUUUCAGACCUUAUCUUCCAUACAUUGAUGUUGAAGGUAAAAACAAAGUAUUCCAUUCCUCUUAUGAGCGCCACUGUUGGACUUUUCAUCAUUAUGUUGUACCUGGUUGCACAAAUGAAUCAAUCUUCGGCUCAACUUUCUCAUGCCAAAAAGGAGAACACUACACAGCAACAUGAGUUGACAGCAGCAGCUGAAAAGCAAAAAGAGCUUCAUAAGGGAAUCACCACUCUAACGGAACAACUUAAAGAAAAGAGCCUACUACUGAAUGAAGCAACAUAUUCUCAACAAGAAAAUCAAGGUAUUCUUCAGUUCACCAAAGACCGUGCAGAACGAUUAGAAACAGAAAAACAAAACUUGGAAAAUUUGAAUAGGGAUCAAGAAAAACAACUCAAGGAAUAUGUUUCAAAGUGGAGAGACUCUAAAAAACAGCUGGAACAAGAAGUGUCAAAACUUAAUCAUGAACUUAAUAAUGAAAGAAAACAACUUAAAUCACACAUAGAGCGGCAUGACACAUUAAUUUCGGAGAUGAAGAACAAAAUUACUACUCUUCAAUCCGAAAUAACGGCUAAAUCAAUGGAAUGCCAAAACCUUUUGUCAGAACUGAAUACUCUCAAACUCGAGAAGAACGAACUGGAAACAGACAACAAAAUAUUUGAAAGUGAAAAUGCGAGCCUUAAAGAAGAAUUACAGAUGGUUUCGAAGGCCCUAUCUACGUCAAUUGAUGAUUUGAAAUCGAAAAGAGCCGACGCAGAAAUUCUUGAAAAACAUUUACAAGACGCCAAACAACAGCAUGGACAUGACCUUAAGCAAAUACAUGAUCUUAAAUCACAAUUACAUCUACAGGAAACAGAAUUGACAAGCCUUCAGCAAGUUUUGGGAGAGCAGAGCGCUAAAUUGACCGCUGAGAUUUCAAAACACUUGAAUGAAAACAUAAGCUUAAUUCAUACUGUGGACAGGUACAAACUGGAAAUUCAAAUGAAAGAAAAAGAAAUUGAGGAAAAAGAUCAAAUUAUCUACCAACUGAAAUCAGAAUGUAUUAACAUUGAAGAUCUAAGAACAGAAAUUCAAAAAAAGAGCUCAACUUUGGAAGAAAAGAUAUUGGAAAUGAGCCGGCUUCAAAAAGACUUGUUGCUCCUUAAACAGAAUAAGGAUGCUCAAGAAAAAUCUUUUGCUGAAUUAACGUCUGCAUUGAAGAAGCAAAAUUCUGAAUACGAGUCGAAAAUUAGUUCUCUUAACAGAGAAUUAGAUAUGGCAACCUCUGUCGCUGCCCGCUUAAUGGAAGAUAGUAACAAGUUGAAAGAAGCUCUCGAAAAAGCAACUGAAUUGGACUUGCAGCAUGUCACUACCAUCAAUGAAUUAAAUCAGAAACUGCAAGAAAAUUUGUCAUUGAUCAAUGAAAAAGAUGAAGAAAUUAAGCAACUUUACAUCAAGAUUGAUGAUCAUGCCUAUGAGAUCAUGAAAAAGAAUGAUUUAACACAAAAGCUUUAUGAUAGAAUUAGUAGUUUAGAGCAUGUAAAUGCGUCAUUGAACUCUGAAAUAGACAACACUCGCAAUUCGUAUGAACAGUUAAACGCUCUCAAGGAAUCCAAGGUUGAAGAGAUUAAUGACCUAAAGAAGAGUAUUACGGAACUAGAGCAACGAAUGGGUGAGUAUGAAAAAAAGGUGGCUCAAUCGAACCUUCAAAUUUCAGAACAACUCCAGAGAAUUGACGAGAUGUCUCCCAAAAGCACUACAAGUACCAAUCAAGAGCUGAAGAAAAAUAUCACUGACUCAGAGUUUACAGUUAUGGAACAGAUGGAAAUUGUCUUGCAAAGGAAAGAGGCUGAGCUGCAAAGUUUGAAAACACAAGUGGCUGAACUUUCGCUCAAAUGUAAAAUGCUACAGAGUUCUGACAUUGGUGCCAUCCUCGACGAGAAUGCAAAACUCAACAAGAAAUUGGAAAAUUUAGAAGAAACAAAACAAAAGCUUAUGAACAAUUACAAUCAAGAAAAGGCCAACUCUGAUAAAUUGAGGAAAGAGCUCUCACGAUUGAACAGCGCAAUCAAGAAGAAGAAGUAA